AUGUUUUUGUUCAAUUCUUCACCCAAACAACCCGAAGGCAUUUACAUUGCCAAAAUCCUCGGCUCCAACAAGUCUUUACCUACUCCGUAUUUUCUCGGAGCAAAUCGACAAGUACACAUCUUGUCUUCUUCAUCCUCUCAUUCGAACACUCCAUCAUUUGUAAAAAUUGAAAUCUUUUCGAUCAGCAAGGAAGAUUCAACUCGUUCUUUAUCUACCAAAGGAAUGUAUGUUUGUGGAACUGCCAAUGUUUAUGCUUCAACAAAUCAAGACGAAAGUGUUGCAUCGGAUCAGUUGUUGUAUCAAUAUUGUCAUUCGUAUGGACCUUGUUCCAACACUUCGGCAUUUGACAAGAAGGAUAUUUCGGAUCAGUCAGAACGAAGGCUUCCUUCAGGAAGAAAGGAAGCUUUUUGGAAUGUCAUUAAAUCAGAUCUUGGAUUGUAA